UCUCUUGACUCACGAUGGAGGACUACUGGAGUUUCUACGCUGCGUAAAUAUCGGAUUCCACGUCCGUACCAUACUUCCGCCAAGGAGAACGACUGAAUUGAGCAUGUUCGGCAGCACACUCCGGCGACAAUGGCGGUUCCUCCAAGCUACAAGCAAAAGAACAGCAUGGCGAAACUUCCAUGUCUUCCGCGAUGUCGCUCCUCUGAGGAAACAUCGGCGUGAGCUCCUUUUAGACGGCCAGUCCGUCGGUCUCGUGCCAACGAUGGGAGCCCUCCACAAGGGACACCUCUCCCUCGUCCGACAAGCAGCCUCUGAGAACACCAAGGUCUUCGUCUCAAUCUAUGUCAAUCCCACUCAGUUCGGCGUGAAUGAAGAUCUCGGCAGCUACCCCAAAACGUGGGACGCCGACCUCGAACAACUCCAAACCCUCGACCACCAGCUCGCAAGCGAAGGUCUUGGCCGCGUGGAAGCCAUCUUCGCACCCACGAGCAAGACCAUGUAUCCGACGCUACCACCCGACUCCACGCUCCCAGGCGUCGGCUCAUUCGUAACGAUCACGCCCCUCGCCAACCUCCUCGAGGGCAGGAGCCGUCCAGUCUUCUUCCGCGGCGUAGCAACGGUAUGUAUGAAACUCUUCAACAUCGUCGAAGCGGAUCGCGUAUACUUCGGGCAGAAAGACGUGCAGCAGACGGUGGUGAUCAAGAGGAUGGUCAAGGAUUUACACAUCAACACUGAGGUGCGGAUCAUACCGACGGAGAGGGAGGAGGAUGGUUUGGCGAUGAGUAGUCGGAAUGUGUACUUGGGAAAGAGGAGGAGAACGGUGGGGAUCGUGUUGUCGCAGGCGUUAAGGGCUGCGGAGGCGGCGUAUCUGACGGGCAAGAGGAAGAGGGAUCAGAUUCUGGCCAUGGCGUGGGAUGUUACGAAUCGGGUGGAUAUGGAGCAGGAUGGGCUCGGCGAGGAGGAGAGGGUGCGGUUUGAGGUGGACUACAUUUCGCUUGCAGACCCGGAUACGCUGGAGGAGAUCGAGGUGGUGGAUGGGGCAAAGGGUGCGGUUUUGAGUGGUGCGAUUAAGAUGUUGCCUUUGGAGAAGACUGCACCUGGUGAAGAGCUGGGACUUGGGGAUGAUAAAGUCGCCGUCAGGUUGAUUGACAAUAUUCCACUGUCGCCUCAGGCUACUUGAAGACAGACUCUGGAGGCUGCCCCUCGCGGGCUCAGACACAAUCCCGGCCGACAGGAUGGUAUUUCUUGCCAGAAUGUCAGGUCUAUAUGGCAGAGCAUCCACUUGACAGCUCUGCGAGAUCACGCGAGAUUUCUGAGCUCGGGUUUGAUGGAUCCGAACAGAAUUCCGACCGGCAGGACAGACUUCGAUGCCAUACUUCG